AACAGUGUCGGUAAGCAGGCUAAAAUGCUCGAUUCGACCGUGGCUCAUACACAAAUAAAGCAACCAACAGUCCAUGAUGUCAAAGAAGGGAUGAAAGUGAAUGUGCACUCUUCCAAUUAUCCCGAAAAUUCUGCGAAUGAAAGUUCUCAGUCUCCCGUUACCCCUCAUUAUCCACACAGACACGAGAACAAGUACGCCGAAGAUAAGGUUCAUGAAUUCCCUCUUCCUGAUUUACGAGUCAAGGAAGCAGCGGGCGGCCUCGGCUCAAGAGGCUCGACAGGCUCUUCACAAGCAGACUUUGAGAUGAAGUCUCGGCCCACGCGAAGUUUUAAAAGUAAAGCUCGUACAGUCGACUUCAGAUCAGCUGGAAAAAAUGACCGUAAGCCGCAGGCUGCCCGAGACAAUGACAAUUUCAGGAGCAACAAUACUGUCCAUAUUGCGAACAACAGCACAGCUUGUGGCCUCGGAUAUUACGGCUGCAAUGACGGCACUUGCGUCAUAGCCGACAGAUUUUGCAACGGCGAGGCAGAUUGUCCGAAAGGAGAAGACGAACCUCCGCAUUGCACGCCGUGCGACCACAUCUACUACGGGGAGGUUGGCCGCACGUACGAGGUUCAGGUGCAGUGGCCGCGGAGGAACCUACGCGAUUCAACGUGCAACGUGACACUGGUGGCAGCCGGCGGCCCGCACGGCGAUAUCGUGCAGGUUGCGCUACGCAAGUUCAGCAUCGGCAAGUUCAACUCGCAUACCGACCAUGGCUGCCCCCAUGGACACAUGCAGAUUGUCGAGAACAUGAGACAAUACAGGCCCGGUUACUGGUGCGGUGACGGUGUGGGCUUGGACAUCUAUUAUAGCGAAACUCCGUCGGUAACUUUGCUACUAACUCGGUUAAGAAUGGAUAACGACCUGACAGCCAUCGAUUCUUUCUCGGGCUUCUACUUCAAAAUGGCUUACAAGUUCAUCAGGCAGUCAGAUGCCAUAGUUCGGUACGGUACGCCAGACAAGCAAAAAUUUACGGGCGUCAGAAGUUCCUCGUCCAUGUGUCACUUUAUGUUUCCUGCGUGUGAUGUGAAGCCGUGCUACGUCCAGUCGCCUAACUUUCCUGGCCUUUAUCCAAGAAACACAACCUGUUAUUAUCAUAUCACGCAAACACAAAUCCCCUUCGGUAAGAAGGCACUUAUUUCACUGCGGCAGCGAAGAGCACAUCUCAUCAAUGUCAAGAGCUCAAAGCAACCCCUGGACACUGAGGAAAGACACCUCAAACUGUACGAUGAUUGCUAUUACGUCGGAGAUUACGUAAGAAUAUACGAUGGCAACAGCACCAAAUCUCCUGUGCUGCUAACUUUCUGCAGGGGAGCAGAAUUACCCGAGAUAAUUUCAUCCGGGGCAAGUUUGCUGAUAGAGUUUACGACUUCUCCUUACGACUCGCCAAGUCAUGAGUCGCCUUGGAAGUACGUGAGCGGCUUUGAGUUGGUGGUCAAAACGAAGUACGUGUCCAAAUUCAGCUCCGGUAACACAUGUUAUCAAAUUCUGACCCCUCAGAAGAACUCCACAGGUUGGAUAAGUGCUCCUGAUCACAGCGUGACACCUAACACAACCUGUGUUUGGGAUUUCCGUGGACCUCCAGGCUACGUCAUCUGGAUUAUCUUUGCGCGGUAUGCGCGUGAAACGCAAGUUCGCCGCCAUCACACCACUUUGUGCGAGUCACGCCUCACCAUCCAAGACGGAAGCUUGGGAGCCAACAAAACCAACCUAGCAUCUCACUGCCGUGAUACCGUGCCUCGCACGUGCGAUAGAAUAGCACGGCUUGCCCACUCCAAUACCACGGUGCCGCCGUGUGGCCCCUACGAAUCUUACGUCACUCACGGUGAACAGGCAAGCAUAACGCAGGAGUUCGGCGAAGGUAGCCUCGUCACGAAAGUUAAAUUCUUGGCCACUUAUGAGUUUGUCGACGCCAGGCAAGCUGGUGAAGAAAGGUUUUCUCCUUGCAGUCGUGUUAUCUACAGUAACGGCACGGCUAAGUCACACAAACUAAGUGCCCCCAAAAACGUCUUCCUAUACGGGAGAGGAGGCCGGAAAAACGUUCACUGUUCCUGGCUAAUAGAAGGCAAAAGCGACGAAGUUGUAAAACUCACCAUAAAUUCUCUGAAGACUGGAAGCAGCACCUGCAGGACAUUAGUGCGCCCUCUCACUGAAAGUCUGGACUGUGACGGUGGUGAAGCAUCAGUGAUGAAACUUCACUUAUCUGAAAUGCCAUGGAAAGAUGUGGAGGUGCCGCGCGCCUGCUUGUGUUCCCAAGAAGUUCUUCCUCACACAAUUGAGUCCAGAGGAUCUGCCUUGAUGUUCAAUAUGACACUACUAGGCAUGGGUCCUGGAGAUGAUUACAAAACCUUCAAUUUCGACGUCGAUUACGAAUUUGUUAAGAAGCCCGAGUGUUCAGGUGGUAAUCGCAGGCUAACCAAACCCGCUGGUGGAGUGUUCCUGGGCUCUGAGGACACGUCAGAAGAGUGCGAUGCGAAGCCUUGGCUACUAGAAGCCCCUGUAGGCCAUUCUUUCCUUCUUACUCUUCCUAAAGCCACCUUGGCCAACGAAUCUUGUAGCACAGAUUCUCGUUUGGUGCUUCGUACUCCAGGAGCUACGGACACCUUAGUAGUGGUUUGUCCGGCUGCUGCGCAAGACGCCGUGAUUCAAUUAGUCUGGCCUCCAAUUCCCGGUUUGCAACAGCAAGACAAUAGCAGGCCUGCGUUUCUGCAGAAUUUUGUUCGAGGAAUUCCUCAACUUGUUGCUCAAUGGGAGCCACGCAGAGCUUCAGCUCUGAGGAUGCAGUGGCUUCACCUCAGAGACCCGGACAAAGUCGCCGAGUCGGAAGCUGAGUCAGCAGCCUCGGCUUCACGAAGGCGCAAGUGCAAGGAACUUUGUGUGGCUCUCGGCGCCUGUAUUGCGGAGCAGCUCUGGUGCGACGGCACGUCCCACUGUCCUGACGGGAGUGACGAGACGCUGUCGAACUGCUUCCUAGAGCGCAUCCCAUGGCUGUACUUGGCCAUGGUGGGCUUGACGAUCACAGUGCUUAUUCUGAUCUCGGCUUCCACAAUAGCGCGACAGCAGCGUCACAAGGCUGACGAUUCGCUAUCCAAUCACAUCCACAUCCAACACGACGACCAUCUUCCUCCGCCUCCACCCAUCAUCAAACGAACCAACAAGAAGAAGAUGGCCAAAGAAACACGUAGGGCGAGCACCCAGGAGACAAUUCUCCCAGCCAAAGACAAUCAUCACCGCCUCAGUGCCUACACCCCCGACGAGUACACUGAUAUGGACUUCGAGACGACCGUCUGAGGAAGGUGGAAAACCAUAGAUGUUUAGAGAAAAGUCUGUGUCCCAAUAUACUUACAUUUAUGAAGUAUUUACAAAAGCGUGUAUUUUACAUAUUUACUCGAGAAAAGGCAUUUCGUAGCGUUUUGUUGACAUUUAAGGGCUGUUGGAGGAGUUGCUAUCGUGGUUCAAUCAUAUUGUGGUAUGCAGUAUAAGAUACCACAAUGGAUCAUACAAUUAUUCCAGCUCUUGAUCUGAUAAACGUGUUAAUUUAUUUCCGCCGUUAUACUAUUUGGUGAACUGAAGUGACAGCUACUUCCCUCUUUAUCCCGUUAUAACACAUUGUGACUGGAGAACAGAUUAAAUUAAGGGAGAAAGCGAUAUUUUAAUAUUUACUCUAAGGCUUGAAUAAAGCCACCGUGCGAACUUGAAAAUUUUCGACAAAUCGUAAUCUAAAAAUUUAUCGAGAAUAGCAGAAAUGUUCAACAUAUUACGUCAGAAGACUUUACGAACAGCAAGGGAAAUAAUUCAUGAACAUGCUCAAUGUAUCCGUUCCGAGUGUGUAUGAUACGUUAUGGUAAGAAAAAUUGUAGUUAUGUAUCAUGUUACUCAGACAUGAGUAGCGACUACUUGGAAAGGCGUGAUGUUUAUAUAAAUGUUAUGUUUCAUGCAAUUUAUUUCUAAAUGGUAUGAAAGGGUUAGUUCGGCUCAUUCAAAAUUAUAAUUAACAAUAUGUGAGAACUUUAUAAAUCACAUGAUAGGCGGGUGAACGAAAGAGCGUGUACGGUGUAGUCGGUAGAACCAAGAAUCAGAAACACUCUUCAGAUGCAACCGAUUUCAUUUCAAUGCUAUGAAUAUUUAGCUUACUCUCUUAUUUAAUAAUCAAAGUGGUCGAAAGCUCGAGCACUUCUUUAUCAUGAUGCCUCAACAGGGAGUACUUAUUGCUCAUCAGAUAUAUAUUGAUAGAAUAAUGCGAUGGUCAUUAACAUGUAUGGCUCAAGAAAACAUUGUGAGCCUCUGAACUGUGCCGCCCCGUCAGGUGUUAAAACAAGCUAUUAAUUCCCACAGUAGAGCUUCCCAAGCUUGACUAAUACUGUGGAAUUAAGCAAUUUUUCAUAUUCGAUUAUCAAAACUUCAGAUGGAACUUAUAAUGAAACGUUUUAUAGAGCAUGGCCAAUGGCCGUGAGUAUAGCAAUGAAUGUUAAUACACUUGCUGAGUUACUCAAAAUGAAGAUCGUUUAUUCGUGGAAAUACAAUGCCAUAAAUGUAAAUUUUUAAAGCAUAAUUUUUCAACGGUCUCUUUUUGAAUCGUGUACAGCCAUAGACUUUCGUAGCCAUGCAGGAUCAAACUUGUAUCCAAAAUACUGGUUUUGUAAUCAACUUGUAACGACAUGUUUUUAUACUCAUAAGCCAGGGUGCUCAUUGCAAUACUAUUUAAUGUUCAGUAUGAUAGUUUAAGGCCCCCACUCCCCCAUCCCGAUAUCCUAUUGCAGGUUAAACAAUAAUCGGUAUUACUAAUAUUACUAUUGUUCUAUCUUUCUUCUCUAAUGGCUGCUAUUUUCCAACACAAUCAUUAUUCAUUAUUAAUACAAUUCAUUGCUCAAUAAUCGAUGGUCAUCUGAGAUAAAUGGUCACCUAAUUACUAUAAUUCUGUGGAAGGAAUUGGUGCAAGUCAAUGAGUCAAAAAUAUUCGGUCAUUAUUUGGAACAAAUUUGUACUGAUGAACGUGCAUCUACAUGCAACUUAAUAUCAAUUUUAUAUCACCUCCUGAAAUCAUUAAUAUAAUAUUAAACAGUGAAUGUAAUUGGGGUUAAAAUUUACAUCUCCCUACUUCAGCAAUAUGAACUUUUCUCGAAAGGCGAAAUAUCUUCAAGAAAAAUAUUGCGAUGGGAAUUGAAAAGUAACGGGAUAAUUCCAUGAAGUUGGAUAAAGUAAUGAAAAUGGUCUCGGCACACGUAAAAUGUACAUGUGAAAUGGGACCUAAUUAUCAAAAGCCUCUCAUCAGCCAGGCACGUGCAAUGUUGGUCAAAUGAAAAAAUCUUAUAAAUCAUCAGCACACAUUCCUCGCAUAAAAUAAAAAUUAUGAAACGCGGACCAUUAAGAAAUUGCUCUUUGUUUCCAUCUGUUAAAAUGACUAUUGCACAUAAACUUGCACAUAGUUAAGUGUAUAUCAUAGUAACAUUGAUUCUCUUGUACGCUAAGAAUGACAAUAUAUAUGACCUUCUCCGAUCGGAAGUCUGAAUUGGAGCAAUCUUUGUUUCACUGCUGAUUGCAGAAUGCAUUAUUUUGCCAAUGAAUGGAACAUUAAUGUGUUACAAGGUUACGGACUAAUCUCCGCACAUUUCAUCAUUAUUUUUGUCAUAAUUUAUAUAUUUGUGCAUUCUAGUUUUGAAGAACACAAAUUAUUUUUGAUUUAAAAAAUUGCAUGUGCAUUUAGCAAAGUUCCCAUUUUGAAUCUUGCUCAUUGAGAAUUUUUUAAAAUGAAGCAAAAACAAAGAAUGCUCUGAAUCACGCUCAUAGAUUCGAUAACUAUGCUGCUCCUCUGUGCUGUGAUAAGCUCUCAUUCUCUUAAUCUCAAAUACUUUAUUGCUCGUAUCUGCAAUCCAUAACUAUUUUGUAAUCAGAAUUACGAUGUUGGUUUUCUAAUCGUUUGGUGUGAUAACUUGUUGUUCGUCAUCUCAUCUUAGCUGCUGCUUACUCGUUUACUUGAUAAUGUGUAAAGCGUUGUAUUUAUUGUGUGCUCAUCAUGUUCGGCGUAUAGACAAUAAAAAGACACCAGCAGGAAGUCGAAGCCAUUUGUGGGCAGCUUAAUUCCUGCAAAGACGUUUACCUGCUGUGAGGUCAAACUUAACCUAAAAAUGUUGCAAUCUUGUGAUCUCGGAACAUGUUUCUAGAACUGCCAAUGAUAUUAGUGCAUCCCUCUGAAGGUAAUCACUCGAGUGAUUACAUUUACAUAAAUUCGUCAACACUGAAAAAUCAUGUCGAAAUAACCUCAGAGACAAAUAUUCGUUGAUGAUAGAGUAUCGGUUCCACAGUCUUAUAACUACAUGGAUUUUGUAGCAAAAAUAUACAAUCUGCGUGAAAAAUGAAAUUCUUGCCCUGAUUUUGCGGUCAUGCUUCCGCACAUUGAACCUUAAAGCAUUUUUCUUUUUUCGUCUGAACGCGACAACCCCUCUGGAUGUUUAACCCAGCCAUUAAUCAUGCGUUUAUUGAUGUCGAGUUGUAAAUGAUUAUGUAAAUUUACCGUGAUCGUCUAACUGAACAUUGUUCUUCCUUGAUUGCACUUCGUUCCUUUGUGCACUCAUUUGCUUUCAGUUCAUGAAGAGGCAGCAGUUACGACGGCCUGGUCAUGCGAGGCGUUGCAGUGUUGCGUGGCAGGUGCACGGCCAUAUUAUCACGUCGAUAGUUAAAUUUCGAAAUUAAAUUUUGAGCAGAAAUUAUCUUAUGUGAAUAAUUAUUGCUCGAUUCUGUUCGUCGAAAAUUAUCAAUGAAGUCGCACAUUUGAACGAGUGUUCGAUCAAAUAAUAUGCGGUAGGAAGAAUUAAUUAACGUCAACCUUCAAAACUAGGUCAUGAAGGACCUAGCGUUAAAAUAUAAGUUCAACCCAGAAAUGACAAUUUGUUUGUGCAUUAGGCAGUUAAUUUUAAAUUUUUGUCCGGACUUGUUCACAUGAAUUUGCAUCCUGUAUGAUGUGGUCAUUGAGUCUUGAUGUAAGUUUUUGAAUGAUAACUAUUAUGUUGUCAUUCAAUGAUAUAUGUAUGUGUGUAUGAAUGAUAACUGUUAUGUUACUAAUCAAUUACUAAUCAAUUUGGAAUUGCGAUCGAUAAAUAUUUCAGGAAAUGAAUUUCAUUUAAAGAAUUCAUUAAUGAAUUCACGGAAAAUGAAUGUAAACAAUAUCGUUGUUUUUAUUAGAGAAUAACCGAACGUUUUUCGAGCAAAUAGCAGAGUUCUUGAAGAUGUGCGAAUGCAGUAAGUGAAAUACAGUGUGGAACUUUAUAUAUCUGUUUUCUGCUUAAAUGUUUCCAUUUACAUAGACUAUUACACAGAAUGUUUAUAUUUCCUCUACGAAA